AUGUCCCCGCCAGAAGAACAUCAUGGCCUCAAGUCCAAAUGGCCCCAGGCGUUCGACCUGGCCGGGUCCAAUUCCCCCUGUCGAAUCGAAGGAGAAAUCGGUGAUCUCGUUGUCCUCGGUGAAAUCCCAGCUGCUAUUGACGGAACAUUCUACCGAGUCAUGUGCGAUCCUUUCGUCCCUCCUCACCCUGACAAUGUUCCCCUCGACGGCGACGGUCACGUCUCUGCGUUUAGAAUCCGCGAUGGUCGAGUUGAUAUGAAGAUCAAAUACGUCGAAACGGAACGCUAUAAGCUUGAGAGAAAAGCCGGCAAGGCUUUAUUCGGGCUGUAUAGAAAUCCGUUUACGCAUCAUCCUUGUGUGAGAGCCGCCGUUGACUCCACUGCCAACACAAACAUGGUCUACUGGGCCAAUCGUCUCUUGGCGCUUAAGGAAUCUGCACUUCCUUAUGAGAUGCACCCUGAUACCCUUGAGACUCUCUGCUACGAUCCAUUUGGGGGGCAGGUCAAGGCAAAAGCAUUUACAGCGCACCCGAAAAUUGAUCCAUUCUCUGAUGAACUCGUGGUCUAUGGCUACGAGGCCAAGGGUCUAGCGACUAGAGAUAUAGUCAUUUACUCGCUGGACAAGAACGGAGUUAAACAUGAUGAGCAAUGGAUUGAGUCUCCCUGGUGCGCUCCCAUCCACGACUGCGUCGUCACACCAAAUUUCAUCGUCCUCAUCCUUUGGCCCUUUGAGGCCAAUGUGGAGAGGAUGAAAGCGGGCAAACAGCAUUGGGCCUGGGACUAUAGCCUCCCAGCUACUUUCAUUGUGGUUCCACGUCGAAAGACUUCCAAUAUUCCAGCUUCAUGGAAGCAAGGAGAACACCGCGUCUACGGUUGGAAGAACUGUAUGAACAUCCACGCAGGUAGCGCUUGGGAGGAAGACAAUGGAAAACUGUAUCUGGAGACAUCUCGAGUUCACGACAAUGCUUUCCCGUUUUUUCCACCCGUGGACGGGAGGAUGCCAGCUCCAGACGCCAAAGCUGACUUUGUUCGCUGGGAGAUCGAUGUCAAUGCCCCAAGUGGGACCCAGAUGGUAGACCCAGAGGUCAUUCUGGACGUGCCAUCCGAGUUUCCGCGAAUAGACGAGCGUUUCAUGACCAAGAGAAACGAAUACCUCUUCUUGAACGUCUUUAUCCCCGAGACGUCCCAAGGCGGAACAAAUAUCUUCCACGGACUCAAUGGCUUAGCUAUGCAUAGCCACAGCACUGGUGAAACUAAGUGGUUCUUUGCGGGCAAGGACUCUCUUGUCCAAGAGCCAAUCUUUAUUCCUCGUACGCCUGAUGCGCCAGAGGGCGAUGGAUGGAUCAUCGCAAUGCUUGAGCGGCGUGUUGCUAAUAGGAGUGAACUUGUUAUUCUUGACACGAAAGAGUUUGAGAAGCCCGUUGCUUUCAUACAGCUUCCUAUGCAUCUCAAAGCUCAGGUACAUGGGAAUUGGAUCGACAGUAGGACAAGGGCGUCUAAAGGGGCAGUUGUGAGGCAGAUUGGAGAGGUUAAAAUCAGUGGAAGAGGAGCUCUGGAGCCAUUGGCAUGA